AUGGCCCUCAGUAUCCGGCAGAAGAGGGUGCGAAGAAUCUCCGGAGACCCAGUCCAUGGGGUUGUGGAUGGUCUGGCUACUGGCACCCCACUCUAUAGUGUGGCGGUGCAAGGCACUAUAGAUGGAAGGACUACUUGUAGACCAAGGGCCAAGGGGUUGGAGGUUUGGUACCUGGAAUGUGGAAGAUAUAAGUUGUGGUGGAAGGGGGAUGAUGGUACGGGAGGAGUUGGUGUGAUGGUAAGAGAAGAGUUGGUGGAGAAGGUGUUGGAAGUGAGGCGGAGAAGCAAUGGUGUAAUUGUGGUGGUGAUGGUGUUUGGAAAAGUAAUAGUGAGGGUGAUAUCAGGAUAUGCUCCGCAACAAAGUAGGAAAGAAGAGGAGAAGGAUAGGUUUUAUGAUGAUGUUUCUGACGAGAUUGGGCAAGCGGGGUUGGAUGAGUUUGUGGUGUUGUUGGGUGAUUUGAAUGGUCAUGUGGGGGCGGAUGCAGACGGAUAUGAAGGUGUACAUGGGGGGUGGGGAUAUGGUAUACGGAAUGAGGAAGGGCGUAGAGUGUUGGAGUUGGCGGAUGCACAUAGCAUGAUGGUGGGGAAUACCUGGUUUACAAGGAAACCAGCGCAAUUGAUUACAUAUAGGUCAGGAGAGCAUAGGUCAAUGAUAGACUAUAUAUUGGUGAGGGCCAAACAUAGGAAGUAUGUGAAGAAUGUGAAGGCGAUACCUGGGGAAAGAAGAUGGGAAUCAAAUGGUGUCUCUCUCAUUGAGAGUUAUAAUUUGUUCUGGAAUGGCCAAAAGACAGCCCAAAAUGGAGUGGGAAUCUUCAUACGGGAAUCACUGGCACAAAAUGUACUGGAGGUGACUCGAAUCAGUUUACCUCUAAUGCUGAUUAAACUCAGAAUGGGAAAACAGGUUCUGACUGUUUUCUCUGCAUAUGCACCACAGACCAGUAAAUCUGAAGACCCCAAGAAUGACUUCUGGAACACACUCUCAGGUGCCAUCAGGAAAACACCAUCAUCAGAGAUACCAUUGAUAUGUGACAACCUCAACGGCCAUGUUGGAGAUAAAGCAAAUGGGUUCCACGGUGUCACUGGAGGCUUUGGCUACGGCUCUCAAAACGAAGACGGUGUACGGAUUCUGGAAUUUGCUGAAAACCAUGAACUCUCCUUUUUGAACAUCUACUUCAAGAAGAGGGCAAAACAUUUGAUCAUAUAUAAAAGCGGAAUGUCAUGCACAAAAAUUGACUUUAUUGUAGUCAGACAACACCACAGACGACUAUUCAGAAAUGCCAAAAUGAAGUUAAUAACCAUGAAAAUUUAA